AAUAUUCUACUUCCGAUUCUUCGAUCAAUCGGUCGAUGUACGUUUCAGUAAACUACAACGAACUGUCGUCCUUUUGAUCCAAGAUUUCACGCUUUGGAUGGCAAACUUUGACGCUAUCAUAGACGAAAACAUUGAGACUGAGGAUGUCUCUCGCGUUUCGGAAGAUUAUGUUCCAGUUCAGAAAGAAUCAGUCGUUGUACGAGGGAUAGGACAUAUGACAAUAUUCGGUUUAAACAGCAAGUUUGACCCGACUUUUCCUCAAGGACUUCACGCCAAGGUUGCUCCAGAGGAAUUCAAGGCCACCAUAGAUAGAGUCAACAGAGUAUUGAGUAAAGCUAUGCCAAUAAAUAUACGAUGGAUGUUAUGUGGAUGUAUAUGUUGCUGUUGUACAUUAGGCAUGUCCAUGUGGCCUGUAGUUUGCUUAAAUAAAAGGACAAAACAUUCAUUAAACAAGAUAUUGGAUGCAGAAAACUGCCAUCUUUACCACAAGCUUGGUCUUCACUGGCAUCUAAAUAAACAAAAGUGCAGUUCAAGUAAUAUGAAAGAAUAUGUUUUAUUAAUAGAUUUUAUACCAAUGACAAAUAUUCUACGGCCUGAUUGAAAUCUCUUCAACCAGAUCUCAAGUUGUUGUCUAUAUAAAACUAUGACAGACAUUUGCUUGCAACAAUUUUUAUACAAGGCUGUGAUGUAAGUAGACUAUAAGCUAAGGUAGCUAUCUAAAAAUGUGAUUUCACUGAUGGAAAUCCCUGUACAGCAACUCUUGCUACAGCAGACACCCUUGGGACCUUCACUGGAGGUCCGUAAAAGCAAGCCUUCACAAUAAUGCAAAUGAAAUUAAUAACGGUCAUUUCUUUGUUAGUAUUGGUGCUGGAGAUUUUUCUCCUGUCUGUAAUAGCAAGGUGUCUGCAAAGUGAGAGUUGAAUGUAUUUUAGAGAGUUGGACUGCCUUAUGCAAACCACAGCGGUGACAGUUCAAAAACAUAAUAUUUGUAAAUUUAAAACAUGUACUUAGGAAGAAAAGUGUGGGCUGUUAAUCAGUGACAUCCUUCUGCUGUGUAAGGAGAAUCAAUACCACAAAAUUCACCACAUAUUUCUUUAAACUCCCACUUAAGAUCCCUUAUGGAUCUACAGAUAACUAUGUUUUUACAUUCUUGAUUUUUAAGAGUCAUUAUUUUAAGACCUUAUAUUUUGGGCUUGAUGCUCGUCCAUUUCAGACAAGGUAUCAACCCAUUAGAUAAUAGAAUAGUAAUUAUUGGAAGAUUAAUAUAUGUAUCUUAGUAUAGGCUCUCUAGUUAUCACUGUUUUCAUUGUUUUGUGCUGAUAAAGACCAAAAAAGUUAACAUUGCAACACAGUAAUCAGUAGAAUAACCCUUGCAGCAUGUCAGAAUUAAGCUUAACUUGGAUGACACGACAAGAGAUUUACAUUCACAUGAGAUUAAAAUUCUUUUGUUUUGUCCCCUCAAUUUGAGCUGCUUUGACGUAUCAUGCAAGGGGUCUAUAGACAACAAUCAUUUGAACAAAUCUUCCCAUGUAACUUCACAUGGUUCAUAUACCAUAAAUUAUUGCAUUGAUGGCAUAUUAUUCUAUUGCCUGUUAACCUGUUGCAGCUACAAGUUUGUCUCUAUCAUUAUGUAGCAAUGAAGACAGUGGUAACAGUAAACUAAGAAAGAAGGGAGUGAUGCAACUCAGAAAUCUAAAAUCAGAAGACAUUACACCCAAGCGGAAAAGAUCAAUAAUUAAUUAUUAAGGGGAAGUGAAAAUAGGUAAAUAUUUAUUGAACCACGAGUCUUUAAGUGGCAAGAUAAAUAUUCACCAUGAUCACUGAGCCUGAGGUUUGUAAUUGUUUUAGUAUAAUUUUAGACUCGAAUAUCAGAGAAAAUAUAAAAUUCAGGAGAAAAGAGAAUGCUUUAGUAUUAUUUCUGCUCUGGCAAACUUUGGGAAACCUCAUGCUGUAAUCACUUUUCCAGCAGUGAAUAUCGCAUCAUAAUCCCUGGUUGCUCGACCAUUCUCAGCGCCCAAUACUCUCUAUUCAAAUCUAAAAUUUUACUAAACUCCAGUAAUAUUUAUCUUCUAUUUGUUCUUUAAAACUCAUUUCAGUUCCAUUAAACGGUUAACAAAUUAUAAAGUCAUCUUAGCAAGAUUAUAAAAAGAAAGUGCUUGUUUGUUUUUGUUUUGAAUAUUUAUUUCUAAAUCCUAGGAAUGCAUGUAUCAACAUAAAAUUAAUGCAAAAAAUAUUGAUUAAAAUUAUAGAAAAGAGUUGAUGCAUCUGGCACGGAGCCAAGCCACAUGUACCAUAUAUGCAACACAAAACAGAGACUGAUAUCUCUGAGCCUUAUAAAUUUCAUAGCAUUAAAAGUUUUAAUAGUCAUGGUAAUAAAAAAUUAUCACGUGUAAUGACCUACAGCAAAAACAUAAUAUACUAUUUUGGAACAGCACGGACUACAUGCGGAGCACCAAUAUUACUGUGGCUUUCCAUAUUCUAUGAACUCAGACCUUUCAAUGGCUUGUUGUGAAUUUUUUUUUUUUUUUCUUUUUUUGCCGCCA